AUGCAGGCAGCCUACAGAGUUCUUAGGUACCUGAAGUCCUCACCAGACCAAGGAAUCCAUUUUAGCAGUGAAGCAGAAUUGAAGAUGACAACAUACAGUGAUUCUGAUUGGGCAAGUUGCCCUGACACAAGAAGGUCCAUUACUGGAUAUUGUACCAAGCUUGGCUCUUCUUUGGUGACUUGGAGAACUAAGAAACAGACCACAGUCUCAAGAUCAUCCUCAGAAGCAGAGUACAGGGCAUUGGCACAUCUAGUUUGUGAAGUUGAGUGGUUGAAAAGGCUGCUGUCAGAGCUGACCAUACAGGUACCUUUACCCAUAACAGUUUACUGUGAUAAUAGAUCUGCUAUUCAUAUAGCAGAGAACCCAGUGUUUCAUGAGAGAACAAAACACAUCGAGAUUGACAUGCAUGUUACAAGGGAAAGGGUAAAGGUUGGUUUGAUCAAGCUGCAGUACAUCAAUACUAAUGAGCAGUUAGCUGACAUCUUCACCAAAGGGCUGGAUCGAUUCAGGUUGAAUGAAUUAUUGGUCAAGUUGGGGAUCAGGUUGAUACCACCAACUUGA